AUGUCAAGAGAUAUGGUUGUACUUGCUCCAAACGGAAGAAGAGUAAAAGUCCAUUGUACUGCGGAUACCAGCAUUUUACAGGUUUUAGAAGAUGUUUGUGCCAAGCAAGGAUUUCAACCAGCAGAUUAUGAUUUGAAACAUCACAACAAGGUUCUAGAUUUAACAACUACUGUAAGGUUUUGUAAUUUGCCAAAUAAAGCAAUGUUAGAAAUGGUAGAAGCUGAAAAGAGAAGAGUGGAAUCUAAUGUCACCGUUGCAUUAUUGUUAGAUAAUGGUGAAAGAAGAACAGGAACUUUUCAUCCAAGCACAUCAUUGUAUGACUUAAUUAUAACUUUGGCACCUACAGAGUUAUCAUCUUUGGAACAUCCUUCUAUACUGUACAUGAGACAGGAAGUAACUGGUAUAGACACUCUUAAAGAUAAGUCGUUAAGACAGCUAGGACUGAUAACAGGCAGAGCAAUAUUGAGGUUACUGAAUAAAACAGAAUCUGUACAAGCAAAUGUAUCAAGAGUAUAUGGUCGGCCUCAAGUUGAAGAAAGUCUCGACAAAUCAAGCGACAAUACUUCGUCAGUAAAUGCACAAAAAUCGUUUCAAUGUGAAGAAACAUCGGCUCCAGGUCCUUCUGGUAUUGUCAAGAAAGACAAUAGGACGACUAUUAAUGCUCUCGAAAUGAUAAAGCAAGAAAUUUUUAAAAGCGAAAAAGCUGCAGACAACAAAACUGAAAAACUAGAUAGUGAAGAAAAUAAAGACGUCGAUAUGAAAAUGGAAGUAGACACAUCUGAAGUAGAUAUACCUCAAAUGUCUGCCACUAUCACAACUCCAACUCCUGUAACAUGUCAGAUUUCACAAGAGAAAUUAGAACGACGUUUAAAAAUAGAAGAGGAAGUAAUAUUUCUAGGUGCCCAAAAAGCGAUAGCUUUUAUGCAACCAGAUGAGAUGGAAGAUGAAUUACAAGACCUCCCCGACGACUUUUAUGAUCUAACAAUAGAAGAAGUGCGGAAGAUGUACCAUGAACUGCAACAGCGCCGCAUAGAAUUGGAGAAUACGCCUUUAAUGAUUUCUACGCAAAGAUCUGAUAUUGAAAAACAGAUCGCUGAACAGAAACAAAACACCUACAAAAAUGCUGUGGUUCGAAUACAGUUCCCAGACCAUAUGAUUCUACAGGGUAUUUUCUCUCCAUUGCAAACUAUAGAAGAAGUUAUGAAUUUUAUUAAAGAAUAUCUACAAAAUCCUGAUAAACCAUUUGUUAUAUUUACUACACCACUUAAAGAACCUUUAGACCCAAAAAUGACUUUACUUGAAGCAAAAUUCGUUCCCUGUGUACAUAUGCACUUUAAAUGGGCAGAAGAAAAUAGUGGCGAGCCGUAUCUAAAAGAAGAAAUUUAUUUAAAGAAAACUUCAAGUGACGCUGCAAGUAUUUUAGCCUCAAAAUACCGGGCGCCAACUAGAAGAACCAUGAAUGAAACAUCGAAUCAAUCGGAAAAGCCGACCGGUCAAUCCUCAACCUCGAAACAGGCCAAGGUUCCUAAAUGGUUUAAAAAAUGA